GGUUGUGCCGCCGUGGUCGCACCCAGUUUUUAGCACGUUAGCUCAAUCAGUUCUGGCAUGAGUCUGUCUCCUCCAGCUGGGAAUCACGCCCCCAGUGCCAGGGGCAGAUGUAGCCUCUAUCUUGCCAUCUGUCUCUGAUCUGCGUUUCGUCUUGCAGCGGACGGAAAGGUGGAGUUGAAACACUUUAUGGAAAGCGUCAUGGGCACCCGGCGGCCUUCCCAGUGUGAAAGGGAUACGGUAGAUCUCCAGAACCUGGACUCUAUCCUGGACAGCAUGGGGGUCCAUUUAACCAAUGAGGAACUGCAGGAGGUGCUGAAACGUGCUACUGUUGAUGCCAAUGGGAAGGUGAAUUUGGGCGAAUUUAUGAAGGGGGUGAAGACUAUCCAGAAAUUGCCCCCAGGUGAGGAGGACAAAGUGGAUGUGGGGAACCUGGACUCCAUGCUGGCCAACAUGGGGAUCCAUUUGACCCAGGAGGAGCUGCAGGAGGCGCUCAAGCACAGCCCUGUUGACAGCGAUGGCAGAGUCGGCCUGAGCGCGUUUAUGAAGAGCGUGAUGAGUAUGGCUGAGAGUAAGUGA